AUGCCCGUCACUCUGAAGGAGUUUGAGACGGUGUUCCCGAAGCUUGUCGAGGAUCUGAAAGAGCACUGCGAGAAAUACAAGCUUCCGCAGCAGGCGCUGGAGUGGUUUGAGCAGUCUUUGAACCACAACACUCUUGGUGGAAAGUGCAACCGCGGUCUCUCGGUCAUCGACACAACCCAGCUUCUGCUCGGCCGCAAACUCAACGAAGAUGAGUUCUUCAAGACGGCUACCCUAGGCUGGAUGAUCGAGCUGCUGCAGGCCUUCUUCCUUGUCAGUGACGACAUCAUGGACAGCAGCAAGACUCGUCGAGGCAACCCAUGUUGGUACCUCAUGCCAAAUGUGGGAAUGGUUGCCAUCAACGACGCAUUCAUGCUGGAGUCUUCUAUAUAUGUGCUGCUGCGCAAGUACUUCCGCCAAGAAAAGUACUACCUCGACGUGAUCGAGCUCUUCCACGAGGUCUCGUUCCAGACGGAGCUGGGCCAAGCGUGUGAUCUGCUCACAGCACCCGAAGAUCACGUCGAUCUGGACAACUUCAGCUUGGAGAAGUACACAUUCAUCGUCAUCUACAAGACGGCGUACUACAGCUUCUACCUGCCUGUGGCCCUCGCGAUGCACUUUGCAGGCCGCGCAUCGGAAGAGAACCUCAAGCAGGCCGAGGAUAUCCUCAUACCGAUGGGCGAGUACUUCCAGGUUCAGGAUGACUAUCUGGACAACUUUGCCGAUCCAGCGACUCUCGGCAAGAUCGGCACUGAUAUCCAAGACAACAAGUGCAGCUGGCUCGUCAACCAAGCACUCAAAAUCGCCUCACCUGCACAGCGCCAAGUGCUUGAGAAGAACUACGGUCAGAAGAACUCACAAUGCGAGGCGGAAGUGAAGAAGCUCUUCAAUGAGCUUCAGCUGGAGAAGGUGUACCAGGACUACGAAGAGAAGCGAGUUGGUGAGCUAAGACAGAAGAUUGCUAACAUCGACGAGAGCGGUGGAUUGAAGAAGGAGGUGUUUGAGGAGUUCCUGCGAAAGAUCUACAAGAGGAGCAAGUAA